AUUGCAGAUGAAAAUGAGUGUGAAACAGGAAAGCACAACUGUCAUGCAAACGCUAAUUGCAAAAACACUAAAGGAUCCUUUGUGUGCACCUGCAAGCCAGGGUAUUCUGGGAAUGGAGUUAAAUGCACAGGUGAAAACAAUACCUCGAUCUUCUUUAUAAUGAAUAUUUUUCUAAUCAACUCCAUUUAUCUCGCAUUAGAGCCAAGGUCAGCCACAAGGUAGUAUACAGCUUAGUCCCUAGAGCUACAGUUUGUUCUUCAGUUUAAGAUGAAUAAGUAUGGAAAUGCCCUUGCAUUAUAAAAGUUUGUGAUUUACAGUAUCUGUAUGCAAUUUUACCCCUAUACAUGCUUGAAAUAUUUAAGUUUUUUUAAUGUGUUAUUAUAUUGUGCCCCUACAAUAUUGCAUUCUCUAAUAUCUUGCUUCCUUAGGUCUCGCUAAUCCUCUAUCUAUACACGUGAUGUCAUUAAUUUUUUUGUGAAUUUUUCACCUGCUCAAUAUAUAGCAAAAAUGUUUUUGCUUUUCAGUAUAGCCAGAAAUCUCUCUCUCCCUCUCUCUUCUUAUCGUAACCAAUCCUAGAAAAUAAAAGGUUAAGUAAAUCAGUUUUGAUGAUUUAGUCCUGCAUCUGAUUUGCAGACGUAAACGAGUGUAUAACAGGCGAGCACAACUGUGAUGCCAAUGCAGCCUGCAAUAACAGUGAAGGAUCUUACGAGUGCACUUGCAAGCCAGGGUAUUAUGGGAACGGAGUUAACUGCACAGGUGAUUAUAUUUCAGUACAGACCUGUAUCGUCUUAAUGUUAAGGCUAUUAAUUCAGCAUUAUUUUGUCUCGAGUUCACGCGUUUGAGUCCCUGAGUAGAAUUCAAAAGAGACAUUUCCAAAUGUACAAAUAAGAGUUUGAAGUCAAGCCUUUGAUCUACAAAGUGAUCGUUGUCAUAAUUAUUUAGCGAUUACUAAAUGAGGCUGAGUAGGCUGCAUGUGAAGAAUUAUGUAGAGCGAAGAGGAUGUUAUCCUCAAUCUUGCGGUGACUUAAUCCAGCUUGAUCGAAGUUUAGUACAUCUGAUCAAUCCACUGAAGCGUUACUUCUCCCAGUAAAGAUAGAUCAUAGAUAAGAAAAUAAUCAAAUUGCAGCCGGCUGAAGGCUGAAUUGUUUAAUUAUUUACAAUACAAUAAAAAAGUAUAAAAUAAUGGUAAAAGACUAAUUUCGAUUUUGUUAAUUAGGAAUAAUGAUAAUGAAGAACUGAAAAAGAAAGGAAAAAUAACGUAAUAACACUUAAUCUUACAUUAUAAUAACAUGUUUGGACUGCCGCACAUGGCUGGUUUGAACGAAUUUUUGCUGUGAUUUGUGCGAAAGUGGGGCAAGUCGUAAACACUCUCAUAACUGGUAUUGUAGUGGCUUUGGUGGUUCGGAGAAAGCAGGCAAGCGAAUUUGUGCUGAUCCGAUGAUAUACUAUUAAACAGCUUAAUACAGUGAUCGUUACGCCUAUCAUAUAAAGUGCUGAGACCAAAACUGACUAAACAGUGUUUGUAUGAUUUAUCAGGCGCUAUUAUGGAGAGCGCUCUUUUUUGUACACGCUCAGUUAGACAGUAGGGUAGGUUAUGGUGGAAAAUGGGCGAGCAAUAUUGUAGAACGGGUCUCUUUACUGUACAGUGGACGUCAACAAUAUCUUUACAGCUCAAGCUGAACCAAAAAAAAAAAAAAUACAAACGCUUAUUUGCUUUCUUAAUAGUUUCAUAAUUCACCAAAUGAGUGGAUAGUAAUUUUCGCGCGUUCUGAUUGGCUCCCGUAACUAGUAAUAUCCUUGGAUAUUCACUGUUUCAUUUGUUCAUGACGGCAUUCUGCUUCUCGUUUCGCGACAGUCUCGAAAGAUGAAAUUUUAGCGGUAAAUGAAGCAGCUGCACCAACAAAUACCAAGAACGAGAAAAAAUUUGGCUUUUCGAUGUUUACUGGUCGCUAGAAAAGAAUUUUCUUACUGAAUUUGGAACAAGAUCAUAACAAAUGAUCCCCGAAACAUUGUAAAUUGAAACGUCAACAAACUCGAACUAAGUGAUUUUUAUCCAACUGAUUUGGUAAAUACUAAAACAUCUAUCCCACUCAGGGUCGGUUCAUAGCGCUAGAUAUAUACCUCGACACUUCGCGUCUAGGUAUAUCCCACCUGACUAUUCUGAUCACCUCCCCUUCAGGGGAUAGUUGUAUAUUAUAUAAACUUUCCACUUGAGAUAAUAAUGAUAAUGAUAAUGAUAAUGAUAAUGAUAAUGAUAAUGAUAAUGAUAAUGAUAAUGAUAAUGAUAAUGAUAAUGAUAAUGAUAAUGAUAAUGAUAAUGAUAAUAAUAGGGACAGUACUUUCCUUAGUAUAUUUGCUGUCCCCAACAAUGCUGUUUGCUGGAUAACGUUCACGCCGAUUCACUUCAACUUUAAGAAGUACAUGAAGAGAAUCGGCGUGAACGUGAGGUUGGAAGUUAUCCAGAAAACAGCAUUGUUGGGGAAAGCAAAGAUACUAAGGAAAGUACUGUCCCUGUAAGAAGAAGGAAAAGAGAGACCUGGGACCCGUGGUGAAUUGUUGUAACCUGCUUCCAAGGACUAUAAACCAGGCCGAACAUCCUGCCUGAGUCUACAAGGAAUGGAAAUAAUAAUAAUAAUAAUAAUAAUAAUAAUAAUAAUAAUAAUAAUAGUAAAACUUAUACAGCGCCGAUAUAUAUUGCUAUUUUCAUCAGCGCUUUAAAAUAAAAAUAUUAAAAAAAAAAUUACUAGGACUGCAUAAAAUAUACAAAGUGAAUGAACCUACCAAAAAGAGUUAAAACAAUUAUGUCAACACUAAAACUAUAAAAAUUACUUAGUCUACUUAAAUGGUAAAAAACUGCAUAAAACCUACUAAAAAAGAGAUUAAAAAGCACAUAAAAUUACAAAAAAGCUUUCUGAAAUAAAAAUGUCUUGAGUGUCUUUUGAAAAGAUGCUACUGAGGGGCUACUCCUAAUCGCAUAGGGCCAUGAAUUACAUAGUUGGGGAGCAGCAGCAGCAAAAGAUCGAUCUCCUAACGUUGUUAAAGUCUUGAUUUCACAGGGUUUAGUAGCAGUCCAUCACAAUCGGAGAGUAAAUUGUAUGCUUCUUUAAGAUUAUUACGUUCCUGGAGAUAAAAAGGUGCUAAGCCAGUGAUAGCCUUUUCCGUUAACAGUAGUAUCUUAAGGUCAAAUUUGAACUUAACCGGCAACCAGUGCGGAUUAUACAGCAUCGGUCUUACGUGGCAGUAUUCAGAUUCCUGGAAAAUUCUGGAAAAUUAACCUAGCGGCAGCAUUUUGGCCCCUCUGUAGCUUAUUAAGCUGGUAGGCUGGCAGGCCACAAUUCAAUUCAAUUUAAUUCAAUUUUAUUAUUCACACUUUAUAAAAUAUUUAGAUUAUAUAUAGUAAGGUAGGAAUACACUAAUAAAGGAGAAGGAGAGAAAAAAAAAGAAAAUUAAUGGCUUGGGUAGAAGUGUACGGUGGUCAGAGGAGCUUAGCUUUGAGCUAACCACCGCUAUAUUAUGAUUGAAAUACAUAAUAAACGUGCGCUUGGUGCCAUGGCAACUAUGGACGAUUAUGCCAGCAGUCAGGUUAUGUGAGACAUUCAAAUUACAAUUGUUACCGUUGAGAGUUAACUAGAAUUCGCUUAUAUUCUUUUUUGAACUUAUGGUAGCUAAGUGUUUUUAUCUUAGUAGGAAUCUCUUCCCAAGUUUUGGUUAUGGCAAACUUAAAUGUGUGUUUGCCGUAAUUUGACCUUACACGUGGUACAUGAAAGUUAAGAUUUGAGGCAUAUCUGGUAUUGUGUGAGUGAAUAUAAGACACCUUUACGAGGUGGUAUUGAAACACUUCAGGGAUCGAUAUUGGCUUCCCUUUUUUGAGAUUUUCUGAGCUAGCAAGGAGAUUUUGAGUUUAAAAAUGUUAUCUAUGUUAAGUAUAUCUAAAAGUUUGAGGUAGGGUGCACUGACUACUUUCCCUGUUAUGGUUAAAAAAUAUGCAAUAUACAAUUAUUUUGUUUUGUUUGAGCUUUAGUUAAUCUACUUGGGUAUGUGUUUCCCCAUCUCAUAAUUCCAUAAUGAAGGUAGGGCUAGAUAAGUAAGUAAUAUAUUUGUUUGAGGGUGUUUAAAGUUAAGAAAUGGCGUAAUCUGAAAAGGAUUCCCAAGUUUUUAGAUAUUUUGCUGUUAAUGUGCUGAAUGUGGGGAGCCCAGUUUAGAUUUUUGUCAAUGCAGAUACCUAGGUAUUUGAUGUAGUUCUUUUCUUCAAUAUUGUGUAAGUUAAGCUUAAGUUUAUUUGCUUCUUGGGGGGAGGAGAUUGUCAUAUAGUGGGUUUUCUUAAAGUUUAUAGAAAGCAGUAGCUAAGCAGAUGGUUGAAUUCCUCAUUUAUAGUUUUUUCAAGGUCCUGUAGAGAAUUGGAAGAGUAGAAGAGAGUGGUGUCAUCAACAAAUGUUCUAAUAUUUGCCUUUUCUAAACAAUUGGGCAUGUCAUUGAUAUAUAUCAAAAAGAGCAGGCUGUUGCAUGUUUGGAGCAAUGUUGUAAAAAAUAUUGGUGAUAGUAAGACUUUUUCCUUAGCAAAGCGAUUGCAAGAAUGAAAUACUGAAGGGAAAGCGCGCUUUUAUUUCAAGGGCAGAUCGGGCAGAAAGGGCAGAAAGGGCACCUUUUUAGCCCUGUGUUUUUCCCCUGGGCGCGCGUGGAGAUCUCGCGUGUAAGUCGUGUGCGUCAAGUCAGGAAACAAGCCACGAUGAAAUUCGACCAAUGAUUUAUUUACAAACUAAUUUCCUAUGUACAAACAUCCGUAACUUCCUAUCCACUUCAUUAUAUAUGGAGGAAGACACUUAAUUAGUAUGCGGGAAAUCCAAAUUAGUAUGCGGGAAGGUAGUGAGCAGGCUUUUAUGCCGUUCAAACAAUAAAAAAUACGGCAACCAGCCAGAAUGCUUCGUCAAACGAGACAGCCAAUGAGCGUCUUUCUAAUUCCGGUCAACCAAUCAAAACAACUAUGACAUCAUAGUACCCCGGAAUACAUAUGACAUCAUCUCCCGAAAAUAACUAACCUGUCAAACCGGUUAUACCAACCAUGACCGCCACAAGAUAAAAGUAGAACAUGACAUCAUUGAUAAAGCCGUCAAACUAGAUAUACUUAAUGAGAUUCCACCGCAAGUUAAUGAGAUUCCUGCGCAUUUUAUUCAUGAGAUCAAGACAAUAGCCUAUGACGUCAGCGACGUUAAUUUAUUCCCCCCACCUUAAUGAGAUUCCCCCGCCAAAUAAGAGGCCUAACCGGUGCGCCCUAUACUACUAACUUCAUAAAAAAAAAACCGUGUACAUUCCCUCUAGAUAUAAAUUUGGAGACGGAUAAUCCGUCUAAGACGAAUUAUCCGUCUGUUAGCACGUCUUGAAGAAGUGCUAACAGACGAAUCAGCCUCAGACGAAUUUUGCUCCAUAAUUCGUCUUAGCACCGAAUUUAUACUAUAGACGGGUUAUCCGUCUGAGACGGAUAAUCCGUCCAGACGGAUAAUUCGUCUCUAGUAUAGAUUCGGCCAAUAAGCUCUGAAUAAGAGAAAAAAGGGUCUCUUUUGGCCCAUCAGCGUUGAUAAAACUCGUUCGCGCGACUUCGUUAGCUCAAAAAUGAAAAAUCCACUGACGGAAUAUUGAAAAUGAACGAUACAUCUACGAUUUAAGCACCAAAGGUAAGCAUUUUUCGCAGCAGAAGGACUAUCCUCUGCAUUUGAAAAUGGCUAAAAAGAGGCCAUUUUUGUAUGGAAGCUGACUUUGAGAGUGAUUUUCUGGAAACCAGUGACGCAAUCGUCAAAUCCACCGAUGGAAUAUGUUAGAUUGAUCAAUCCUUAAGCCGAAUACGUUUCAACUUUUAGAAUUUAUAGACAAGAACCACUAUCCCUGCGAGUUUGAAAAAGUCUGGUAGAAACGUAGCCUACUUACGGCCAGCGAGCUAUUGUUUUAAGUCAAGUAGGAAUAACAAUGGCUGUCAAAAAUAACAAUACGCUAUUGAAAACCACUCGGUUGUGAGGUAAGCCAUUAGCCAGCACUGGUGCCGCGAACUUUAAAAUAUCUACAAACCACUCGACUAAAGUUAUUAACCCAUGAAUCAAGCGUAUGCGCUUCACUAGGAAAUGAAUAGGACGAGUACAAGUUUACUUUAGCAAGUGAAUUGAGAGAAACUAUAAAAAUGGGGAGAAGUUUUACUAGAGCAAACGGCCUUUGACACUGGUCAAAAAAAAAAAAAAGCAUUGGGCAUUUUGGAAACAAUCUAGGAGAGUCUUCACAUGAGCGAGUUGAGCGAGCGUUGACAAGGAGUAUAAUAAGAUUUGGAAAGAAAACGCCUAAAAUCCCUUCUACAAAUACAUUGUUUAGUGCCUUGGUUGCAUAGCAAACAUAACUGUCUCAUUUUGGUUUCAGUGAAAAAUGACUUUAGUCACUAAUAACAUAUUAGCUCAAAACUGUUUUCCGUUAACCACGUAACAGUGACGACACAAGCAUGCUCUUUACAGCUCGCGCGCGUCAAUUUUUUUUUGACUAAACUCAAAGCAGUUUACUUGAGAUUGCUGCUCGACCCCAGUUGUAAAAGCAUCGUAAGAUUUGGUCCGGUUUAAACGACAUGCUUCUUGUUGUAGUUAAUGGGAAAAAAUAUUUACUGGCCUUUAAAGACUUAUAUGUUGGUGUGGUCACGCUUACAGGCACGCGCUGUUAAAGGUGAGAUAUUUGGAAACAAAAGCUCGCAUGGCCUUUGUUUCUUUGCGAGGCGGUAAUCGCUACAAAGGGAAGACCGCACAGACCUCGAUCAAUGAGAGCGAUUCAGUUCACGCUUCACCUGUAAUAUUACAGACCUAUGCUUCUAGCUCGACUGUACGUACAAUGUCCCGAGAACAAUAGCCAUUCUCGGCGAUGUUCUAUUAAGGUGGAGUACGUAGAAAUGGUCAUAGUCAUUUAAUGCUACGGACAAGGGGAAACAGCUCCGAAUGUCACGUUGCUAAAAUCGCUGACCGCGCUCCGGUCCGGUAUGCAGACAUCUCUACAGGAAAGUAGUACUCUGUCCAGAUAAUAAUAAUUGUUAUUAAAAACUGAAUCAUUGGAUAAUGCAAUUAUAGCGUUUUGAUUGGGUUAGCCAUCAUGGUAUAUGAGCCAUUAUACCAUGCUCUCCAUGUACGCUCAGUGUACGCGUCAGUUCAAAAUUGGAAGCCUGCUGAGAUAUUUUUUUCGUGAAGGAUAGAAUAGCGCCCGAAGAAAAUCGUUUUAAUUCUUAGAAUACUAGAAAAUGCAAUUUCAUCGGGGGAAAAAAAGACAAACAAAAAAGCCACAAGAGUUUGUUUGAAAGUUUAUCGAAAAACACAUGGAAAUACAUGAGACUAAAAUACCUCGACCAGCUACGAAAAAAGACAAGAUAAGUAUUGCAGUUUCUGCAAGAUAGCGAAGCCACUCCCUGAUAGAUAACUGCAGCCUGUUCAUCCGAUAUAAGGAAUAUAAAUCACAAGUAACUAGCCACAAAUACGGGUUAUGCAGCCACUCACUACAGCAAUCCAGGCGUCAGUAUAGCUUCUUCUCUCGUUCAGCAAAACCAGCUGACGGCCUUAAACAACUUCAUAUAAACUUUGCAUGAGUUUCUGAAAGGCGACUGGUAGUUUUCCUCCAUUGUUCUUACUUUUGUAACUGUACCAAAAAUCCAAAUUCACAGUAAUUUCGACGGCUGCACUUCAAAAUUCUUUUUCUUCUUAUAAUCUGCGAGUUUUUAAGCUGUCCCGCUAUGUAAAAUCCUAGAAUCCCGAUUAAUUUUUAAAAGUGUUCAUCGCCUCGUUCAUCGCUCAAUGUUUUGAUUUUUCAUUCAUCCAGCCCGUUAGCGCGUUGACAGUUUUGACAGACGUGUGACAUGUGUAAAGUGGAAGUCCCUUGUCUUUUCCGGUUAUUCUAACAAAAGAAAGUCGGGGAGAUUCAUCGAGAUUAUGUGGGCGUUUAUAAUAAAACAAUUAUUCCACUCGUGCUUGUCCGUAUUAACGGGGUGUCUGUCGGGUUGAAUUUAGAGAAAAUGUCAGGUCAUCCUUUCCUCAGGGACAAGGAAGACUGUCCGUAAUAACGAAGUGUCCGUAUUUGAAGCGGGUGUCGUUAAGGCGGGGUUCCACUGUAUCACGCAAUGAAACUGGAAAAAUACUGUGGUGGGGAAUGUUAGAAGUGAGCUGGUGAACAUGCUUGAAAUUUGAGUAAUUAGUUGCAGGAGCACAAUUUUACACGUUCAUCGAUCAUUUUUACUUAAGUAUCUUCGUUUUUCAGAUCAUAAUACUGAGCAUAUCAAACGCAGUAUUGACACCCUCAACCAAUGAGGGCAGUCAACAAAGUUUAAUAUGGCAUGUGCACUGGAUCCACUUCCAGCGAGUAUCAUGCGGAAAUGCUAUUCUAGUCUUGUCCCUAUAGUUAGAAGGGUGAUUAAUUUGUCAUUGUCAUCUGGAUUGCUGCCCAAGGAACUUAAGGUAGCGCUGCUAUCACCUAUUCUUAAGAAAUUAAAUGCAGACUUUGAGCAGCUUAGUAAUUUUCGCCCUGUAUCAAAUUGAAAGUUCCUAUCUAAAUUGAUAGAGAAAACAGUGUUUGUGCAAUUGAAUAGCUAUCUUGGCGAAAAUGAUCUACACGAACCUUUUAAGUCGCGUCAAUUUCCAACAACGUAAUUUCAUAAAGCGUUAAUUUCCUAUAAUAAGGCAGAUAACUGUUAUUAUGGUAGGCCAAAGUUACUUGGAAUAAAAGACAAGAAAACUAAAUCAGUUUUUUGAUUCAGUGCCUGACUUUUGAAUUGCAGAUGAAAAUGAGUGUGAAGCAGGAAAGCACAACUGUCAUGCAAACGCUAUUUGCAAAAACACUAAAGGAUCCUUUGUGUGCACCUGCAAGCCAGGGUAUUCUGGGGAUGGAGUUAACUGCACAGGUGAAAACAAUACCUCGGUCUUCUUUAUAAUGAAUCUUUUUCUAAUCAACUCCAUUUAUCUCGCAUUAGAGCCAAGUUCAGCCACAAAGUAGUAUGCAGCUUAGUCCCUAGAGCUACAGUUUGUUCUUCAGUUUAAGCUGAAUAAGUAUGGAAAUGCCCUUGCAUUAUAGAAGUUUGUGAUUUGCAGUAUCUUUAUAUGCAAUUUUACCCCUAUACAUGCUUGAAAUAUUUAAGUUUUUUAAUGUAUUAUUAUAUUGUGCCCCUUCAAGAUUGCAUUGUCUAAUAUCUUGCUUCCUUAGGUCUCGCUAAUCCUCUAUCUAUACACGUGAUGUCAUUAAUUUUUUGUGAAUUUUUCACCUGCUCAAUAUAUAGCAAAACUUUAAUGUUUUUGCUUUCCAGUAUAGCCUGAAAUCUCUCUCUCCCUCUCUCUUCUGAUCGUAAUCAAUCCUAGAAAAUAAAAGGUUAACUAAAUCAGUUUUGAUGAUUUAGUCCUGCAUCUGAUUUGCAGACGUAAACGAGUGUAUAACAGGAGAGCACAACUGUGAUGCCAAUGCUACCUGCAAUAACACUGAAGGAUCUUUCGAGUGCACUUGCAAACCAGGGUAUUCUGGGAACGGAGUUAACUGCACAGGUGAUUAUAUUUCAGUAAAGACCUGUAUCGUCUUAAUGUUAAGGCUAUUAAUUCAGUAUUAUUUUGUCUCGAGUUCACGCGUUUGAGUCCCUGAGUAGAAUUCAAAAGAGACAUUUUCAAAUGUACAAAUAAGAGUUUGAAGUCUAGCCUAUGAUCGACAAAGUGAUCGUUGUCAUAAUUAGCAAUUACUGAAUGAGGCUGAGUAGGCUGCAUGUGAAGAAUUACGUAGAGCGAAGAAGAUGUUAUCUUCAAUCUUGCGGUGACUCAAUCCAGCUUGAUCGAAGUUUAGUACGUCUGAUCUAUCCACUGAAAGCGUUACUUCUCCCAGUAAAGAUAGAUCAUAGAUAAUCAAAUAAUCAAAUCGCAGCCGGCUGAAGGCUGAAUUGUUUAAUUAUUUACAAUACAAUAAAAAAAGUAUAAAAUAAUGGUAAAAGACUAAUUUCGAUUUUGUUAAUUAGGAAUAAUGAUAAUGAAGAACUGAAAAAGAAAGGAAAAAUAACGUAAUAACACUUAAUCUUACAUUAUAAUAACAUGUUUGGACUGCCGCACAUGGCUGGUUUGAACGAAUUUUUGCUGUGAUUUGUGCGAAAGUGGGGCAAGUCGUAAACACUCUCAUAACUGGUAUUGUAGUGGCUUUGGUGGUUCGGAGAAAGCAGGCAAGCGAAUUUGUGCUGAUCCGAUGAUAUACUAUUAAACAGCUUAAUACAGUGAUCGUUACGCCUAUCAUAUAAAGUGCUGAGACCAAAACUGACUAAACAGUGUUUGUAUGAUUUAUCAGGCGCUAUUAUGGAGAGCGCUCUUUUUUGUACACGCUCAGUUAGACAGUAGGGUAGGUUAUGGUGGAAAAUGGGCGAGCAAUAUUGUAGAACGGGUCUCUUUACUGUACAGUGGACGUCAACAAUAUCUUUACAGCUCAAGCUGAACCAAAAAAAAUACAAACGCUUAUUUGCUUUCUUAAUAGUUUCAUAAUUCACCAAAUGAGUGGAUAGUAAUUUUCGCGCGUUCUGAUUGGCUCCCGUAACUAGUAAUAUCCUUGGAUAUUCACUGUUUCAUUUGUUCAUGACGGCAUUCUGCUUCUCGUUUCGCGACAGUCUCGAAAGAUGAAAUUUUAGCGGUAAAUGAAGCAGCUGCACCAACAAAUACCAAGAACGAGAAAAAAUUUGGCUUUUCGAUGUUUACUGGUCGCUAGAAAAGAAUUUUCUUACUGAAUUUGGAACAAGAUCAUAACAAAUGAUCCCCGAAACAUUGUAAAUUGAAACGUCAACAAACUCGAACUAAGUGAUUUUUAUCCAACUGAUUUGGUAAAUACUAAAACAUCUAUCCCACUCAGGGUCGGUUCAUAGCGCUAGAUAUAUACCUCGACACUUCGCGUCUAGGUAUAUCCCACCUGACUAUUCUGAUCACCUCCCCUUCAGGGGAUAGUUGUAUAUUAUAUAAACUUUCCACUUGAGAUAAUAAUGAUAAUGAUAAUGAUAAUGAUAAUGAUAAUGAUAAUGAUAAUGAUAAUGAUAAUGAUAAUGAUAAUGAUAAUGAUAAUGAUAAUAAUAGGGACAGUACUUUCCUUAGUAUAUUUGCUGUCCCCAACAAUGCUGUUUGCUGGAUAACGUUCACGCCGAUUCACUUCAACUUUAAGGAGUACAUGAAGAGAAUCGGCGUGAACUUGAGGUUGGAAGUUAUCCAGAAAACAGCAUUGUUGGGGAAAGCAAAGAUACUAAGGAAAGUACUGUCCCUGUAAGAAGAAGGAAAAGAGAGACCUGGGACCCGUGGUGAAUUGUUGUAACCUGCUUCCAAGGACUAUAAACCAGGCCGAACAUCAUGCCUGAGUCUACAAGGAAUGGAAAUAAUAAUAAUAAUAAUAAUAAUAAUAAUAAUAAUAAUAAUAAUAAUAAUAAUAGUAGUAGUAAAACUUAUACAGCGCCGAUAUAUUUUGCUAUUUUCAUCAGCGCUUAAAAAUAAAAAUAUUAAAAAAAAAAAAUUACUAGGACUGCAUAAAAUAUACAAAGUGAAUGAACCUACCAAAAAGAGUUAAAACAAUUAAGUCAACACUAAAACUAUAAAAAUUACUUAGUCUACUUAAAUGGUAAAAAAACUGCGUAAAACCUACUAAAAAAGAGAUUAAAAAGCACAUAAAAUUACAAAAAAGCUUUCUGAAAUAAAAAUGUCUUGAGUGUCUUUUGAAAAGAUGCUACUAAGGGGCUACUCCUAAUCGCAUAGGGUCAUGAAUUCCAUAGUUGAGGAGCAGCAGCAGCAAAAGAUCGAUCUCCUAACGUUGUUAAAGUCUUGAUUUCACAGGGCCAGUAGCAGUCCAUCACAAUCGGAGAGUAAAUUGUAUGCUUCUUUAAGAUUAUUACGUUCCUGGAGAUAAAAAGGUGCUAAGCCAGUGAUAGCCUUUUCCGUUAACAGUAGUAUCUUAAGGUCAAAUUUGAAUUUAACCGGCAACCAGUGCGGAUUAUACAGCAUCGGUCUUACGUGGCAGUAUUUAGAUUCCUGGAAAAUUCUGGAAAAUUAACCUAGCGGCAGCAUUUUGGCCCCUCUGUAGCUUAUUAAGCUGGUAGGCUGGCAGGCCACAAUUCAGUUCAAUUCAGUUCAAUUUUAUUAUUCACACUUUAUAAAAUAUUUACAUUAUAUAUAGUAAGGUAGGAAUACACUAAUAAAGGAGAAGAAGAAGAAAAAAAAGAAAAUUAAUGGCUUGGGUAGAAGUGUACGGUGGUCAGAGGAGCUUAGCUUUCGAGCUAACCACCGCUAUAUUAUGAUUGGAAAUACAUAAUAAACGUGCGCUUGGUGCCAUGGCAACUAUGGACGAUUAUGCCAGCAGUCAGGUUAUGUGAGACAUUCAAAUUACAAUUGUUACCGUUGAGAGUUAACUAGAAUUCGCUUAUAUUCUUUUUUGAACUUAUGGUAGCUAAGUGUUUUUAUCUUAGUAGGAAUCUCUUCCCAAGUUUUGGUUAUGGCAAACUUAAAUGUGUGUUUGCCGUAAUUUGACCUUACACGUGGUACAUGAAAGUUAAGAUUUGAGGCAUAUCUGGUAUUGUGUGAGUGAAUAUCAGACACCUUUACGAGGUAGUUUUGAAACACUUCAGGGAUAUUGGCUUCAUUUUGUGAGAUUUUGUGAGCUAGCAAGGAGAUUUUGAGUUUAAAAAUGCUAUCUAUGUUAAGUAUAUCUAGAAGUUUGAGGUAGGGUGCACUACUUUCUCUCUUAUGGCUAAAAAAUAAGCAGCGUAUACAUUUAUUUCGUUUUGUUUGAACUUAGUUAAUCUACUUGGGUAUGUGUUUCCCCAUCUCAUAAUUCCAUAAUGAAGGUAGGGCUAGAUAAGUAAGUAAUAUAUUUGUUUGAGGGUGUUUAAAGUUAAGAAAUGGCGUAAUCUGAAAAGGAUUCCCAAGUUUUUAGAUAUUUUGCUGUUAAUGUGCUGAAUGUGGGGAGCCCAGUUUAGAUUUUUGUCAAUGCAGAUACCUAGGUAUUUGAUGUAGUUCUUUUCUUCAAUAUUGUGUAAGUUAAGCUUAAGUUUAUUUGCUUCUUUGGGGAGGAGAUUGUCAUAUAGUGGGUUUUCUUAAAGUUUAUAGAAAGCAGUAGCUAAGCAGAUGGUUGAAUUCCUCAUUUAUAGUUUUUUCAAGGUCCUGUAGAGAAUUGGAAGAGUAGAAGAGAGUGGUGUCAUCAACAAAUGUUCUAAUAUUUGCCUUUUCUAAACAAUUGGGCAUGUCAUUGAUAUAUAUCAAAAAGAGCAGGCUGUUGCAUGUUUGGAGCAAUGUUGUAAAAAAUAUUGGUGAUAGUAAGACUUUUUCCUUAGCAAAGCGAUUGCAAGAAUGAAAUACUGAAGGGAAAGCGCGCUUUUAUUUCAAGGGCAGAUCGGGCAGAAAGGGCAGAAAGGGCACCUUUUUAGCCCUGUGUUUUUCCCCUGGGCGCGCGUGGAGAUCUCGCGUGUAAGUCGUGUGCGUCAAGUCAGGAAACAAGCCACGAUGAAAUUCGACCAAUGAUUUAUUUACAAACUAAUUUCCUAUGUACAAACAUCCGUAACUUCCUAUCCACUUCAUUAUAUAUGGAGGAAGACACUUAAUUAGUAUGCGGGAAAUCCAAAUUAGUAUGCGGGAAGGUAGUGAGCAGGCUUUUAUGCCGUUCAAACAAUAAAAAAUACGGCAACCAGCCAGAAUGCUUCGUCAAACGAGACAGCCAAUGAGCGUCUUUCUAAUUCCGGUCAACCAAUCAAAACAACUAUGACAUCAUAGUACCCCGGAAUACAUAUGACAUCAUCUCCGAAAAUAACUAACCUGUCAAACCGGUUAUACCAACCAUGACCGCCACAAGAUAAAAAGUAGAACAUGACAUCAUUGAUAAAGCCGUCAAACUAGAUAUACUUAAUGAGAUUCCACCGCAAGUUAAUGAGAUUCCUGCGCAUUUUAUUCAUGAGAUCAAGACAAUAGCCUAUGACGUCAGCGACGUUAAUUUAUUCCCCACCUUAAUGAGAUUCCCCGCCAAAUAAGAGGCCUAACCGGUGCGCCCUAUACUACUAACUUCAAAAAAAACCGUGUACAUUCCUCUAGAUAUAAAUUUGGAGACGGAUAAUCCGUCUAAGACGAAUUAUCCGUCUGUUAGCACGUCUUGAAGAAGUGCUAACAGACGAAUCAGCCUCAGACGAAUUUUGCUCCAUAAUUCGUCUUAGCACCGAAUUUAUACUAUAGACGGGUUAUCCGUCUGAGACGGAUAAUCCGUCCAGACGGAUAAUUCGUCUCUAGUAUAGAUUCGGCCAAUAAGCUCUGAAUAAGAGAAAAAAGGGUCUCUUUUGGCCCAUCAGCGUUGAUAAAACUCGUUCGCGCGACUUCGUUAGCUCAAAAAUGAAAAAUCCACUGACGGAAUAUUGAAAAUGAACGAUACAUCUACGAUUUAAGCACCAAAGGUAAGCAUUUUUCGCAGCAGAAGGACUAUCCCCUCUGCAUUUGAAAAUGGCUAAAAAGAGGCCAUUUUUUGUAUGGAAGCUGACUUUGAGAGUGAUUUUCUGGAAACCAGUGACGCAAUCGUCAAAUCCACCGAUGGAAUAUGUUAGAUUGAUCAAUCCUUAAGCCGAAUACGUUUCAACUUUUAGAAUUUAUAGACAAGAACCACUAUCCCUGCGAGUUUGAAAAAGUCUGGUAGAAACGUAGCCUACUUACGGCCAGCGAGCUAUUGUUUUAAGUCAAGUAGGAAUAACAAUGGCUGUCAAAAAAUAACAAUACGCUAUUGAAAACCACUCGGUUGUGAGGUAAGCCAUUAGCCAGCACUGGUGCCGCGAACUUUAAAAUAUCUACAAACCACUCGACUAAAGUUAUUAACCCAUGAAUCAAGCGUAUGCGCUUCACUAGGAAAUGAAUAGGACGAGUACAAGUUUACUUUAGCAAGUGAAUUGAGAGAAACUAUAAAAAUGGGGAGAAGUUUUACUAGAGCAAACGGCCUUUUGACACUGGUCCAAAAAGCAUUGGGCAUUUUGGAAACAAUCUAGGAGAGUCUUCACAUGAGCGAGUUGAGCGAGCGUUGACAAGGAGUAUAAUAAGAUUUGGAAAGAAAACGCCUAAAAUCCCUUCUACAAAUACAUUGUUUAGUGCCUUGGUUGCAUAGCAAACAUAACUGUCUCAUUUUGGUUUCAGUGAAAAAUGACUUUAGUCACUAAUAACAUAUUAGCUCAAAACUGUUUUCCGUUAACCACGUAACAGUGACGACACAAGCAUGCUCUUUACAGCUCGCGCGCGUCAAUUUUUUUUUUGACUAAACUCAAAGCAGUUUACUUGAGAUUGCUGCUCGACCCCAGUUGUAAAAGCAUCGUAAGAUUUGGUCCGGUUUAAACGACAUGCUUCUUGUUGUAGUUAAUGGGAAAAAAUAUUUACUGGCCUUUAAAGACUUAUAUGUUGGUGUGGUCACGCUUACAGGCACGCGCUGUUAAAGGUGAGAUAUUUGGAAACAAAAGCUCGCAUGGCCUUUGUUUCUUUGCGAGGCGGUAAUCGCUACAAAGGGAAGACCGCACAGACCUCGAUCAAUGAGAGCGAUUCAGUUCACGCUUCACCUGUAAUAUUACAGACCUAUGCUUCUAGCUCGACUGUACGUACAAUGUCCGAGAACAAUAGCCAUUCUCGGCGAUGUUCUAUUAAGGUGGAGUACGUAGAAAUGGUCAUAGUCAUUUAAUGCUACGGACAAGGGGAAACAGCUCCGAAUGUCACGUUGCUAAAAUCGCUGACCGCGCUCCGGUCCGGUAUGCAGACAUCUCUACAGGAAAGUAGUACUCUGUCCAGAUAAUAAUAAUUGUUAUUAAAAACUGAAUCAUUGGAUAAUGCAAUUAUAGCGUUUUGAUUGGGUUAGCCAUCAUGGUAUAUGAGCCAUUAUACCAUGCUCUCCAUGUACGCUCAGUGUACGCGUCAGUUCAAAAUUGGAAGCUUGCUGAGAUUUAUUUCGCAAAGGAUAGAAUGGUGCCCGAAGAAAAUCGUUUUAAUUCUUAGAAUACUAGGAAAUGCAAUUUCAUCGGGAAAAAAGAAACAAACAAACAAAAAAGCCACAAGAGUUUGUUUGAAAGUUUAUCGAAAAACACAUGAAAAUACAUGAAACUAAAAUACCUCGACCAGCUACGAAAGAAGACAAGUAUUGUUUCUUCAUGAUCGCGAAGCCACUCGCCGAUAGAUAACUGCAGCCUGUUCAUUCGAUAUAAGGAAUAUAAAUCACAAGUAACUAGCCACAAAUACGGGUUAUGCAGCCACUCACUACAGCAAUCCAGGCGUCAGUAUAGCUUCUUCUCUCGUUCAGCAAAACCAGCUGACGGCCUUAAACAACUUCAUAUAAACUUUGCAUGAGUUUCUGAAAGGCCACUGGUAGUUUUCCUCCAUUGUUCUUACUUUUGUAACUGUACCAAAAAUCCAAAUUCACAGUAAUUUCGACGGCUGCACUUCAAAAUUCUUUUUCUUCUUAUAAUCUGCGAGUUUUUAAGCUGUCCCGCUAUGUAAAAUCCUAGAAUCCCGAUUAAUUUUUAAAAGUGUUCAUCGCCUCGUUCAUCGCUCAAUGUUUUGAUUUUUCAUUCAUCCAGCCCGUUAGCGCGUUGACAGUUUUGACAGACGUGUGACAUGUGUAAAGUGGAAGUCCCUUGUCUUUUCCGGUUAUUCUAACAAAAGAAAGUCGGGGAGAUUCAUCGAGAUUAUGUGGGCGUUUAUAAUAAAACAAUUAUUCCACUCGUGCUUGUCCGUAUUAACGGGGUGUCUGUCGGGUUGAAUUUAGAGAAAAUGUCAGGUCAUCCUUUCCUCAGGGACAAGGAAGACUGUCCGUAAUAACGAAGUGUCCGUAUUUGAAGCGGGUGUCGUUAAGGCGGGGUUCCACUGUAUCACGCAAUGAAACUGGAAAAAUACUGUGGUGGGGAAUGUUAGAAGUGAGCUGGUGAACAUGCUUGAAAUUUGAGUAAUUAGUUGCAGGAGCACAAUUUUACACGUUCAUCGAUCAUUUUUACUUAAGUAUCUUCGUUUUCAGAUCAUAAUACUGAGCAUAUCAAACGCAGUAUUGACACCCUCAACCAAUGAGGGCAGUCAACAAAGUUUAAUAUGGCAUGUGCACUGGAUCCACUUCCAGCGAGUAUCAUGCGGAAAUGCUAUUCUAGUCUUGUCCCUAUAGUUAGAAGGGUGAUUAAUUUGUCAUUGUCAUCUGGAUUGCUGCCCAAGGAACUUAAGGUAGCGCUGCUAUCACCUAUUCUUAAGAAAUUAAAUGCAGACUUUGAGCAGCUUAGUAAUUUUCGCCCUGUAUCAAAUUGAAAGUUCCUAUCUAAAUUGAUAGAGAAAACAGUGUUUGUGCAAUUGAAUAGCUAUCUUGGCGAAAAUGAUCUACACGAACCUUUUAAGUCGCGUCAAUUUCCAACAACGUAAUUUCAUAAAGCGUUAAUUUCUAUAAUAAGGCAGAUAACUGUUAUUAUGAUAGGCCAAAGUUACUUGAAAUAAAAAGAAAAGAAAACUAAAUCAGUUUUUUGAUUCAGUGCCUGACUUUUGAAUUGCAGAUGAAAAUGAGUGUGAAACAGGAAAGCACAACUGUCAUGCAAACGCUAAUUGCAAAAACACUAAAGGAUCCUUUGUGUGCACCUGCAAGCCAGGGUAUUCUGGGAAUGGAGUUAAAUGCACAGGUGAAAACAAUACCUCGAUCUUCUUUAUAAUGAAUAUUUUUCUAAUCAACUCCAUUUAUCUCGCAUUAGAGCCAAGGUCAGCCACAAGGUAG